UUACAGGUAAAUUGGUCAAAAAUAUUGGUCCAAACCUAUCCAAACAUGAAAAUAAUUAUAUUGACAAGAAUCGCCCUCAAAAUAAUCUCAAUUGUCCCAAGUGAUCGAUUUGGUAAUUGUUAACUGUUAGAAAAUUAAUUUUCCUUUCAUUCAUUUACUUUUGUGUCUAAAUGCACAACAUUCGAUUUGAUUCAUUACAAAAGAAGGAAAAUAUUAAAAUGGAACAAAAACUGGCCAAAUAUUAUUGAUUUAGUGCAUUUUCUUGUCCAGAACAAGAUUCAAUAGAUGCAUAAAAAUCAAGAUGCCAUUCUUUCAAUAACAAUGCUGUUUCAAUUGACACAUUAAAUAAAACGAUUAUUUCGAUGGUACGCUACAUAAGCUAAAUUUACGUCAAAAGAUGAUUGAACAAUCGUGAGUCAUUGAAAAAAGAUAAAGUGAAUGGUUUGGUGACCAAACUUUGGUCAAAAUAAAUUGUGCCAACGAGCAAAUGCAAAAUGCCACAUACAGCUUAAUACAGCAAAUAUUAAUAUUGCAAAUGGAAUGAAUCAGCUUGUCAACUUUAACUGUUAAUUUAAUUUUCGUUGAAAUGUCAACCAUCACGUUUGCCAACUCAAUAAAAAAGUCUAUUCUUGUUCAACCUUCAAGUAUUUUGGCUCAAUCAGUUUCAAAGAAAAAUUUAACCACAAGAAUAAUCCAUUUAGUGCUGUCGAUUGCAUAUGCAAUGAGAGGUUUUUUUGAAUGUUACCUCAUCUUCAACAAAUUAUUCACAAAUGGAUUCCCAAACGAUAUCGUCAAAUACGAUACGCUCUGGAGAUUUGCUUACAGAUUAAUUACUACUUAUACUUACUUCAGUUUAAUGAUCAAUCAAUCAUUGUACAAUAAAUUUCUAGCCUCUUGCGCUACAAUAGUUCAUGGCUAUGAGUCUGUUGCCAAUGAAUUUGUUGUCACGAAAAAAGCAACGAUGAACAAAUUGGUGGUCAUUUUUUUCGUUUACGAAAUUUUAAUUGACUCUGCUGUAGUUGACAAUUCACGGAUAUCAAAGGCAUUUUUCACCAUAAAUUUUUCGCAUAUCAAGUUGAUUACUUAUUAUAUUUUGAUGGUUACCGAUGCUGCUUGUUGGUCUUGUUUUGUUCAUUUUGUUAUUGAAACUUGUGUCUAUCUUCAAGCAACAUUUUAUGUAAUCAGUGCUCGCAUUGAAAAUUUAGACUCUAUGUGUGCAACCAUCAGUGAGGAAAAUAUUGUUCCUCUAUUGAAACGGAAUCGUUCAUUAUUCAUGAAAGCAACGGAAGCAUCCAAAUGCAUAGAUUCAUUUUUCUUUUUAAUAACAUUCUCUUAUUACGUUUACUUUGCUCUCAAUUGCAUCUUUUCAUUUGACUUUUUUUUCGAAUCAAUUUACGAUUCUUGGUACAUGCUGAUACGACAUUUAAUACGAAUGAUUGGCGAGUUCAGUUAUAUGCUCAUAGUAACUUAUGCUUUUGUCCAUGUAAAUCAGCUAUCUGUUGGUAUAUUUGAUAAAGUUUAUUCACUUACCUUGACUAAAUCUGGUUCAUUUGAAUACUCUAAUGAGAUUAAUCUUUUUUUACUUCGAGUUGGACGCUUUGAUGCUGGUUUUACCUUUGCUGGUCUAUUUGUUAUAACUCCAAGUUUCGUCUCAUCAUUGGCGACCAUUUCAUUGACUCUUGGUUUAGCAAUACCAAGUUUAUUCCACUAAAAGGGAGGAAAA